CUAAAGGUUAAAGCUAACAAGGUUAUUCUGCAUCAAAACCUACACAUAGAAGCAAUGGCUGCAAAAUUGAAGAGCAAGAGCACGAAGAAGGACACCUCAAAGAAGGUGAAAGCCCCUGUUACCACAAAGAAAGAAGAAAGAUUGGAAGCAAAAAAUAGCAAGAAACAGACUAAAGCGGAAAAGAUCGAGGAAUCUAAAGAAUCCGACCAUGAAGACGACGACGAAGAAGAUGACGAUGAAGAAGAAGAAGAAGCUGAAGAGGAAUUAAACUUGUAUGCACUCAAUGAAAGUGAAGGUGAUGAUGAUGACGAGGAGGAUGAGGAUGAGGAUGAGGAUGAUGAUGAUGAUGAGGACGACGACGACGACGAUAAUGAAGACGAUGAAGAAAAGGAAGCGGCGCAGAAUGAGAACGUAGGCGAAGAGGAAGAGGAAGAAGAAGAGGAAGAAGAAGAGGAAGAAGAAGAAGAAGAAGAGGAUAUUCCUCUUUCUGAAGCAGAAUUUGAUUCUGACGCAGACGUCGUUCCGCACACAAAGCUCACAGUUAAUAACAAGACCGCAUUAAAGGAAAGUUUAGCCAGAAUACAGAUAGACUGGAAAAAAUGUGCAUUUGAUGAGAGCCAAACGAUUACCUACCAUACCAAAGUAGAGUCUGAGAUCAAAGACAUAUACGAUGAUACCGAAAGAGAAUUGGCAUUUUUCAAGCAAGGUUUAGAUGCUGCUAUAGAGGGACGCAAGAAGCUUUUGGCACUCAAAGUUCCUUUUGCUAGACCAGUGGACUAUUUUGCAGAGAUGGUUAAGUCAGACGAUCAUAUGGACAAGUUGAAGACUAAAUUAGUGAGUGAGGCCACCGAAAAGAAGGCCAGAGAAGAGGCAAGAAGACAAAGACAAUUGAAGAAGUUUGGUAAGCAAGUUCAACACGAGACCUUACAACAAAGACAAAAGGAAAAAAGAGAAACCUUGGACAAGAUUAAGUCGAUGAAAAAGAAGAGAAAGAACAACGAAAUUUCUGGUAAUGAUGACUUCGAUAUCGCUGUCGAAGAAGCAUCCAAAGUUGGAUCUGAAAGGCAAAGUGAUAAGAAGCAAAGAAUCCGCCAGAAUGUUUCUUCAAAGUCACACUCCAAAACAAGCAGACCAGGAAAGAAUAGAAGAAGAAAUAAGAGGAAAAAUUAAUCUUAACUACUAUGCUACAUUACCGUUGUAUAAAUUAGCUUUGUAUUCAAAUAUAACUAUGUUAAGUCGCAUGUCGAAAUAUACCAAACGUACUUGU